AAGAAAACUUCAGCCUUGCCAUUUUCAUUCAACCUCCCCCACUACAACAAUUCGACAUCACCAUUGUCGUUCAAUAUCGCCCACACCAGCCAUUUACAAUCCUACCGUCGCCAUUUUUAUUUAACAUCCACCAGGAGGCAUUGCACAUUUUGACAAUGGCGGACGCAAAGAUUCAGGAGCUUCUUACCAAGCACCGGAACGAGCUCACCGAGUACGAGAUAGCACAGCUAGAGGAGCACGAGUUCAAUGCCGGCCCUCUCUCGAUCCUACAGACCGCCGUACGAAGCCAUAACCAGGUCCUCAUAAGUUUGCGAAAUUCGAGGAAGAUCCUCGCUCGGGUGAAGGCAUUCGACCGGCAUUGCAACAUGAUCUUGGAGAAUGCCAAAGAGAUGUGGACGGAGACCCCGAGACUCGCCAACGGGAAGAAGGGAAAGGCUGUGAACAAGGAUAGGUUUAUCAGCAAGAUGUUCUUGAGAGGAGACUCGGUUGUUCUGGUUCUGCUAAGUUAAUGGGACUCGUCGUGAUGGUGCGGUUUCGGUUUGGCAUUAAAAUACGCUGAUAUGUGGGGCAACGGUCAUUCGAAUAGGGUUAAAUGGGCGUUGAAAUGACGGUGGUUCUAUUUUUCGGUGAACAUGAACACGAUGAAAUACCCCAAAAGGCUGUUCUCUCAUAUCCAACAGUUUUCCACCCUAGAGAUAUUCUACCUUAACCUUGCCUCCCUGGCUAAAGCGAGCCACUCAAGGCAUACAGUACAUGUACGACAGAUCUAUCCUGCCUCAACAACUUAGCCUUUCUCACGA